UGCUGCUCCUGCUACUGCGGCCGGGGGCCCGAAGGCUGAUGUGGCAGCCAAGAAGAAAAAGGGGGCAAGGGGGUGGAGCCCCCGAUCAAGAAGCAGAAGGUUGCCGGGGGCACCGUUGAGAAGGCGGCCCCCCUCAUAGUACUCGAUGAUCAGCCCUCCGCUGACCCCCCGACAAUUGAUACUCCGAUGGCUCAAACAGACCUUCCCCCGGGGAACCUGCCUCGGGAGAUUAUUCGGUUCUCCCUCGCUCCGGGGGCAUCUGUAUUGCACGGUUCAGCCGAGCCGAUGUCUUUCCUGAGGGGGAUUACCUCGAUGAUGGACAAAGAAGCCCUCUCCACCUAUAACGAUGACGCCCUCGAAGCCAGGGCCCUUCGAUCAGCUCUGACUGCUUGUAUAACCUUCGGUGAGCAGGCCCGAAGGCGAGAGGAGUGGUGCCGUCAUAAGGCCGAGCUAGAGAAGUCCGUGAAGGAGCUGAUUCACGACAAGGACGCUGCCCUUCGGGAGGUGUGCAAGUUGGAGGACGCCCUUCGGCAAGCGGAGCUGCGGCUGAAGGAGGCCAGAGAUGACGGGAUAGCCGAGGGCAGGGCUGAGGCCGAGAGGGUUGCGGCCGAGGAGAGAAAACAAGAUGCCGAGGACGCCGAGAAGGC